ACCAGAACAGAUUCUGAUAACACCACCAUUUCCGUGAGCGCCCCUACCGGAGACAACGUCGUUUUUUAUAUGGCUCCUCGCUUCUCAUCGGACGACAAUGUACCAUCCAACACCACUGCGGUGGCCAUUGACAAAGACAAGAACAGCUCACACGCCGUUCGUUGGGCUAUCGAUCAUCUCGUCACCUCCAAUCCGCUCAUCGUAUUGAUCCACGUUAGGAAUAGAAACCAAGGUGAAUGCGAACCUGAUAACGACGUAAGCCAGCUUUUCGUCCCUUUUCGCGGCUACUGCGCUCGCAAAGGGAUUCAAAUGAAGGAGGUUGUCCUUGAGGAUGCUGAUACCUCUAAAGCACUUUUGGACUACAUUAGUAGAAACUUGAUUAACACCAUAGUCCUUGGUGCAGCAACCAGGAGUGCAAUAUCAAGUUACUUGUCUUAUAGGAAAUUCAAAUGUGACAUCCCGACUGCCUUGAUCAAAUCUGCACCAGAGUUUUGUUCCGUGUAUGUGAUUUCCAAAGGUAAGAUAUCCAACGUGCGAACAGCACAACGACCUGUGUCGAAUACCGUUGCCCCACCAAAGGCACCUCUAGGAAUGCCACCACAGAUUCCAUUGGAUCAAAGUGAAGAUGAUGGAUACAGAGGAUAUAAUAUGAAGGGAGUACCUGGAAAUGCGGGAUUGGAGAGACAUUCCUUUGAUAAUUCCUCAAGAGUGCCUAUACGAGACAGACCCAGAAGCUCUCCAGGAAACAUGUCAUUGGACAUUGAUGCAGCCCGAGGAUCAUCAGCAUCUAGACAAGAUUCUUUGUAUAAUGACAUUGAAUUUCCAGGAAAACAUUCCCUCGGAUCUGUUUAUAUAUCUGAUCAAGAUCUAGAAUUCGAUGUGGGUUCAAGCAGCCAUUCUGAUACAUUUCAACAAAGUUCGCAAGACAUAGAAGAUGAAAUGAGAAGGUUAAAGCUUGAACUUAAGCAAACCAUGGAUAUGUACAGCUCGGCUUGCAAAGAAGCUCUUACAGCCAAGAAAACGGCCAAUGAGCUUCAUCAAUGGAAGAUGGAGGAGGCUCGCAGGUUUGAGGAAGCCAGGCAAGCUGGAGAAGCAGCUCUUGCCAUGGCAGAGAAGGAGAAGGCUAAAUGCAGAGCUGCCCUUGAAGCAGCUGAGGCAGCACAGAAACUAGCAGAGAUGGAAGCAUAUAGAAGAAAACAAGCAGAGUAUAAAGCUAAGCAAGAGUCAGAUGAGAAAAAUCGAGCUUUGCAUGCGUUGGCAACUAACGAUGUCCGGUACAGAAAAUACACCAUAGAAGAAAUUGAAGAAGCUACUGAAAGUUUCGCAGCAGAAAACAAGAUUGGAGAAGGAGGUUAUGGACCUGUGUAUAAAGGCAAACUUGAUCACACUCCAGUUGCCAUCAAAAUUCUGAGACCAGAUGCUGCUCAAGGGAAGAGACAAUUCCAGCAAGAGGUUGAGGUUCUUUGCACCAUUAGACACCCUCACAUGGUCCUCCUACUUGGUGCCUGCCCCGAGUAUGGAUGCUUGGUAUAUGAAUACAUGCACAAUGGCAGCUUAGAGGAUAGACUAUUUAGAAAAGGAAAUACUCGUCCACUUUCAUGGAGGAGACGAUUUAAAAUAGCUGCUGAAAUUGCAACUGCACUUCUGUUCCUUCACCAAUCAAAGCCAGAACCACUAGUGCACCGAGACCUUAAGCCUGCUAACAUUCUCCUCGACCGCAAUUUUGUGAGCAAAAUUAGUGAUGUUGGCCUAGCACGGCUAGUUCCCCCUUCUGUAGCUGACAGUGUAACACAAUAUCACAUGACUUCAGCAGCAGGGACCUUUUGCUACAUAGAUCCUGAAUAUCAGCAAUCAGGCAUGCUAACGACUAAAUCAGACAUAUAUUCUCUAGGAAUAAUGUUGCUCCAGAUUAUUACAGCCAAGCCUGCGAUGGGUAUUGCUCACCAUGUUGGCAGGGCCAUUGAGAAAGGAACUUUAGCCGAUGUACUUGAUCCAGCUGUGCCAAAUUGGCCACUUGAAGAGGCUUUAUCAUAUGCUCGGUUGGCAAUACAAUGUGCAGAGCUGAGGAAGAGGGACAGACCAGAUCUUGCCACCGUUAUAGUGCCAGAACUUAACCGAUUAAGGGACAUUGGAUACAGCAAUAAUGGUUCUAACAGUUGUGGUUAUUACCAAGGACAGGGCAGCAGUGAUCAUAGCCAAGGAUUCUACACAUGUGGCGCUAGCCGUGCACUCAGUAGUAGUGAUGCUUUUUGCACUGCAGUUUCAAGUUCGAGGUUGUCAUUACCAAGUCAGGAAUUAACGACCAAGUCUGCAAACUCGGAACCAGAUGGCGCUUCUGACUGAAGUUCCGGAUGAGAGUGAACCAACAUUGUUUGUGAACAAAACGGAAAGGAAACGAUUCUGGAUUAUUCAAAUACGACACCGGGAACACGUACAUGGCACUUGCGAGAAGAGCUGCUUUUGAAAAGCAAGCCAUAAAGCUGCUCAACUUUUUGGUCUUGCAGAGGUGAUCAUUAGCAAAGAAAAAUCCAAUGAAGGGGCUUGAAGGGCUAAACUUGUCUCCCAUGUUAACAGAGAUGUAUUGUAUAUAAACUGGCUAAGCACCUAGAUAGAGAUGAACAUCAAAGAUUUUCAUUGUUUUGAAGCUUAAAACUCAUUUAUAUUAAUCAAAUUUAAUUUUA